CAUUCUGACUUCAGUUCAGCCGACGGUUUCAACCUGCCAGGUCGUGCAGGUGUUGGCAAACGGUUGUUGCCAUCUACGACCGAUUUCAUCUCCCGGGGGAACGGAUUCGAGAGGAAUUCGGGAAGAGCGUGAAGAUCGUCUCGGGGAUCGCAUCUCCAGCAUCUCCGUCCAUUUUAUUCCACGGGAAUCGCGAGUAUCAAACGGGUGCUACGGGCGGGAAAAACGGGCGUGUGUUAAAAAAAAAAAAAAGAGCCGAGCUGCCGUAGAAGGGCUGCGAUUUAUGGAACCACCCCAUGGAUAGUAACAUGUCGACUGCCGCCUUCAUGCACCGGUCGGGUGGUGCAUCCGGCACGGCUGGUGCUGGGAUGGUUCCAUCGACCGGUGGAGCUCCUGGAAACCCAACAGGAGGCGGCAGGAUGGCCGUCAUCGGUGUGACCAGAAAUGUCAGACUGAGACGGCGUGGAGCGUCUGGAUUUGGCUUCUCCCUUCGCGGUGGCAGAGAGUAUGCAGCUGGAUUUUACGUCAGCGACGUGCAACCUGGCAGCGAGGCUCACAGAAACGGAUUAAGGGUCGGUGAUCAGAUCAUAAGGGUGAAUGGAUAUCCGGUGGAGGACGCCGUCCAUCAGGAAGUGGCGCUUCUGGCAAAAAAUCAGCAAGUGCUCGUUCUCAAGAUUCGAAGCGUGGGAAUGAUACCUGUGAAAGACAACCCGAACGAUCCGGUCACUUGGCACAUGGUGCAGCAGCAACAGCAACAGCUACAAUACAACGAAACUGGUUUGGGCGCCGUUCCGAGCACCGAAGUCAGGAUUCGAAUUCUCGUCGGCGAGAAGGGUCGCCUCGGGUGUGGCGUUUGCAGAGGCAUCGUGCCAGGCCUCACUGUUCAGGGUACCAGGGACGACGGGCCAGCUAGAGCAGCGGGCUUAAAAGCCGGCGACGUUAUAAUUUGGUGCAACGGUCAACGUCUCACGGAUCUUCCGUUCGAGAGAGCCAUCGAGGUAAUGAGAAGCUCCGCCGUUCUCGACUUGAUAGUGCAACGGCCCACACCGAAUCAUCUUUACGACUGUCCCGAACCGCUGUGGACCCGCGGCUCGAGCGGUUACGACUCUGAAACGUCGAGUGUGGCUGCAGCCAGCCCGCAGCCGCAGAAUCCUUCUUACUCGCCGCAGCAUCAUCACGAUCCUAGGAUGCAUCAUCGAUAUCCUCGCGACGACGCUUGCAACCGAAACGGGAGAAUCUGCUGCCCGCUUGCCCUGUCCACUAGCAGCUGCAGCUCCACGGAAUGGGCUCACAUGGAUCAGUCCCAGGAAUGGACACGGAAACCGAAUAACACCACGGUGAUUCGUAUCAAUCAGAGCCAGAACCAAAACCACAGGUUUGUAGGCGCGCCAGGUCGUCCGAAUUCGCGUGGCAAUUACGAAGACGACAUCGACAACGAGCCACUUUACGACCCUGUGGCGCCAAGAAUCGACUAUGAGGUUCACGACUUCGACGCCAAUCCGAGAGACGAAGCAAAUCGGCGUUUGGCUUAUCGGAGGGACAACAUGCGGCAACAAGACGUCAUUUACGACGGCCCGGCCGAUGAUAUGCCCCCCUAUCAUGGAUCCAAAGAAAAUGGCACGCAGGAUGGAGACAGGAAGACGAUAACGACCGUGGAGAUUCACCAAACCGUAUGUCCACCAGCACCGCCGCCACCUCUUCCUUACAAAUGGUCCGGAGACACGAAGCCAAUGAACGCGAAGGGCAUGCAAAUGGGUAGCACGAUGUCGAUGGGCAGCACAGGCUCGACGGAAACGGAGUCGAGCCUCGAGUCUUCCUGCAGCAAGGAUUCCGCUUCGACUUCCUCCUCCUUGUCGACGUCCUCCUGCGAGCCACCGUCGACGGUUUCGUUCGGCUCGAUCACUGCCGCCUCCACCGGGACCAAUAAAACUAGCGAUACGACUGCCACUGCACACGUAACGUCCCGCAAUUGCACCACAAGGACAUCGCCGAUAGCCUGCACUGACCUGAGCUCCGCCAUCACUCAAGAAUUGCAGAGGCGGGCACAGCAGAGAAACAUGAACAACGCCGCUAAACUGGAAACAGGAAAGGAAAAAACCGCGGAACCUCGAAAGCCACAAAAUCCAGAGGCUCUGAGGGCUCAGGAACAGAAAGUUACGCACGAUAAGUUGAUGGAGGAGUUUAAACGUGCUCACCGAAAGAUGUUCAACACCGCUCAGCAAAAAGUUCAUUUCUCAGAUCAAGCGCCGGAGCAGGAGCAAGAAAAAAGGGUAUUGAACACGUCGACGACGCCGACGAACAACGUACCGCCGGCACCACCGGCACCUCCAGCGCCUCCAGCGCCUCCAGCACCACCGGCGCCACCAGCUCCGCCGCCGCUUCCGCUUCUUUCGAAGGCUAAAAAUAUCGAAGAUUCCGUGGAGAUGCAAAGCAUAGAAUCUUUCAAGUUAAAAGAGACUCCAAACCCAGUGAUUCCAAAGCCACCGCCAACUUACUUUCCCAUACAGAAUAACUCAACGGCCACGUCGAACGGAAGUCCUCGACACGGCGCCGGAAAUAAGCCGCAGGUGAAUGGAAAGGAGUCGUCGCCGAGUCCUGUGUCGGAAACGACGAAAGCGGCCGUGUCUCCGGCGGUUGCAAACGCGCAGAACUUGAAGCCAGCCACCGGAAAGGUCGCCAUUAGGAUAGGUGCUUACGAAGGAGAAGCUAAACAACCGUCUAAGCUCGACUUCCUGUCGCAGCAGUCUCGAUCGGACAGAAACGGCACGGACGAAUUGGCGAAUGGGCCAGUAGUGUCGAGAUUGCAGAACGAAUUGGCUGCCACGUUACAAAGAUCGAACUUAAGAAGAAAGACUGACGGGGAAGCACAGUCAAAUAUUAAAACGAUUCCCGAGAACCCAGCUGUGUCCAAUAACGAGACAACGAACCCAGAACCGGGAAAGUUGCCACAGAGUAACGUCGAAAAGCUCGCGUCCGCUCUCAACAACAAAGUCACCAUCAAAGUGAACCCGGAACAUAAUAAUCGAUAAAAAGCUAGCUUCCGUUUAUAAAAGAGAAAAAACAAAACAAAACAAAAACAAACAAAAAAAAAAAGUAUAAGUCAAAACGAACCGUUUUAGGAGUCCACCAUGUACCUCUUCCACUUUGUACAUUUUUGCACGCUCUUUGAAUUUACAUCGAUUUUUCAUUCUAGAUGAAAGAGCGCUCCCCCUAUUGGUGAGCUUCUUUUUUACACGUCUUUUACCUGUAUGUCUUUUUUUAUAUGUUAUUUAUUAUCGUAUUAUAACAAGUAAGGAGUAAAAAAAAAAAAAGGCUAAAAUACCUAUAAUUAACCGAAAUGACAGGCGCUGCGAAACCUUUUACCACGUAGGCCCGAGUCUUUAAAAAGAAACUUAGUCUCCUCCGUCGCCGACUAAUGUACGGGUCGUAAGAUUCGAUGGAGGCGUUGAACUGAAAAAUAAAAACGAUGAUACCUAAUGGAA